AUAACAUGUGCUGCUAUGGCCCACUCUAUAUUUGACAUCAAAAGAAAUCUGCGUUGUAUUGUUGUGACAAAAUGCCAGGUUACAAAACACUGUGUACAGCACGAUCCUAAUUUCCAACAAUAUUCCUACCCGUUUAUCUAUACAGGACGGGGGAACUGAUGCUUGCUGCCGCGUGGUGUGGUAAAGUGUUAUUUAUUUUCUGCUUAUUACUUUUACAUUAAAAAAUAAACUAAAGCUCUUUCUAAAGCUCAUUGCUUGAGGAGAAGCAAAAGGGUCAGGCCUGUAAGGGCGAUGGAGGGAGGCUAGGCGAAGAGGACCGCAGAUGGAGGGACGCGGGGCCCGCUCCCCUGCCUGCGGCGCGCUCCACUUACGGCACAGAGGAGAGGGGCGCAGGGGGAGCGGCAGGGAAGGGAUGGAGGUGGGAGAAGAGAAAGCUGUGGGGCGCCGUGUGGGCGGGUCUCCGCGGCGAUGCGGCGGGCGGAGCGCCUGGGGGCGGGGUCCGGGCCAGGGCGUGACUCGCCAGGGAAGGGGCGCGGGGUGGGGCAGGUAUCGACGCCGGUGGGGCGGCGCGGAAGUGGGGCCACGCGCAUUGGGGCGGGGUCCCGACGGGGGCCCCUCGGUGUCCGGUGCGAGGGCGGGGCGGGGAGGGGCGGGGUCGUGGGCGGCUCCGCCCUCCGCGGCUGGGAAGGCGGGGCGGACGGGCUCCGGAAGGCGGAGGGAAGGAACCGGAUUUGGGGCGAUGGCGGCGUCCAACGUGCUGCUGGUGAUGGGCGUGAGCGGCUCGGGGAAAUCCACCGUGGGCGCCCUGCUGGCAUCUGAGGAUGGAAAUUCUACGAUGCAGAUGACUACCACCCAGAGGAAAAUCGAAUGAAGAUGCAAAAAGGGAUACCGCUGAAUGACGAGUAGGUAUGGGAAUACUGAAUAUGUGAAUUAGCAUUUGACCGUCUGAACCUUCCAGCUUGGAGAAGGGCAUGGCAACCCCCUCCAGUAUUCCUGCCUGGAGAACUCCAUGGACAGAGGAGCCUGGCAAGCUAUACAGUCCAUGGGCUCACAAACAGUUGGACACGACUGAGCGACCUUCCUACUACUUCUUCCAAACCAAGCAUUCCUGCUGAAUGGAGAUCAGCACUAGUCUCAGGAUUUUGUUUCACGUAGAGACAUGCACAGUGACAGGGAUGCAUUGUGGAAAAGGCUGCCCGACUACCCAGAUGGGACCAGGGUAGUCAGGCUCUGUCUAGCUGGCUCAACCCCUGAUACUGUCAACACAUUGAACACAGGUUCAUGUCUCAUAUGAGAACCCCACUAGUCAGGGUCACAAGAUUUCUACAUAAAUGCCAGUUGAUUAACUUACAAGGAGAAAUUUAACUGCCACGUGGCCCAAAACACAUCAAUCUGAUUUCAGAAGCCAAAAUGCAGUCAGGUAUCUCAGUGAACAUGCAAUCAAAAGAGUAGGAGAGUUAAAGCUUAAGUUUCUAAUGGUGUGAGACCACCCACCCCAUCAGAGAGACAUUUGCUAAUGAGAACAUGAUAUUUGAAGUCAUAAGGCCAGAACGCCAUGGCCUCUGGACAGUACUCUGCUGUCUAAUCCUAUAGUGUCCUGCUGGACGUUCACACCCAAGCCUCAUGUGCUUCCUCUAUGUGUGUGAAAAUACAUAGUUGGAUCAUAGUGAUGCACUGCUAGCCUGAGGGCCAUUUUUUACUUCUUCAGAUGAGUUGAGACAUCUCUGUCCCUUUCUAUUAAGUGUUGAUCUUUGAAACCUUAAAGAAAAAGCUUCUUUCCUUCUUUUCCAAGUGCUUAGGAAGAUACUUCACUUUGGCCCCCAUAGGCUGUAAGAAGACUCCUUAACUUUAUAGACGUUGACAUCAUUUCUUAAACUUGAAGCCGGACACCUCCAUUUACAUGUGAAACACACUGAAGUUAGUCCCAUUAAUGAUUAGUACACCACUUUACCAAGUAAGAUGCCUGUGCAGCCCUUCCUGCGGGUUUGAAAGGCACCAUAUCUUUGUAGGUCUGGGUCCUAGGUAGGAAACUGCUCAUGCUGACAUGUGAGUCUGUAAGGCCCAGUCACUCUGCUCUGCUGCAGCCUUCUGUUGGAGAAGCUGUUUUGGAAGAUAUAGCCAGGAGGUUUAAAAAAAAUUUUUUUUAAGGUCUUUGGAUAAAGGAUAAUGUUUUCUUUUUUAUCCCUGUUAUUUCAUGAAUGUAGUAGAAAAGCUUAGCUGUUCACAAUGAGGAUACAGAAGAGAAGGGAAUUUAGAAAGUUGGGUGCAAAUGGAAUCUUAGAAGUUAAACUCAGGGUGAUCGUGUGUAGAGUAUUGAAAGAAAGGACCCAGAAUGGUGUCUGGGUCUCCCUAAGCACACAACAGAUACUUGCAAAUGGACGAAGGAAAGGGAAAUCCAAAUCUGGGCUUGAGUUGGCAGCUUUCCCAUGGGCAAUUUUCCAUCAUAAAAUACUGCAUGGCUCAGUAAGUCCAGCUAGUUUUCCCCACUACCUAUGGGGGAGCCUGGUGGGCUGCCGUCUAUGGGGUCGCACAGAGUCAGACAUGACUGAAGUGACUUAGCAGCAGCAGCAGCAACAUAACCCUUGACACUCGUCUUCCCUGACCCCCAUCAUAAGUCUAGAAAAUACUGGGUUACAGUGGCAAUUUCAAGUUCCGUAAGUAUAGCUGCUACAACUUUUUUUCUCCUCACAGACUUCUCUAGAACAUUUAGUUUUUUAGUAUGAUGUCAGAAAAUCUUGCCAAGAAUAAGUUUUAAACAUAUACACUUUUCCAGGAGCAUGUAAGUCUCCCCAUAGAGCACAAAAUUCUUUAUGGUCUGCAAGUUUAUUAGAACUGGUAAGGCUCAUCUUGUUACUUUGUUUAGAAAUAACCACACUGGGUCCACUGAGUACUCAGACAAGUGCUAACAUAAAGGCUUUCAUGAAAUACAUUUGAGCUAUCAUGUGCACAUUGUAGUAGCUGUUAUAAUUUGAGUAAUAGUAUCUGUGAAUUAUGUAGUUAUUUAAGAUACCAUUCAUGUAAGUUAGGUAAUAGUUGUCAUUUGAUCU